AUGUCCUCCCCACGCUCAAUAACAAUAUCCUACUCCCUCACCCCGCCCCCUACCACCCCCCUGCCCCCCUCGUCCCCGACCCAGCCCCAGCCGGUACCGACGAGCAACACCCUCUCUUUCCCCAUAGCCCCGCCCAGCCCGCUCAAGAUCCCGUACAUAAGCGCGACGACGAAAUACUAUACGAGCACGUCGGCGUCGUUGUUGUCGGCGCAGGCGGUGUUGAAUGAGAAGCUGAGUUAUUGGAAAGAGGCGAUAGGCGAUGGGGAGAAGGAGAAGGAGGCGGGGGAGGGGAAGGGGUAUGGCAGGGGGAAGGCGAUGAUGAUGAGUGCGGAGGUUAAUGGGGAGAUGGAGAGUAGUGGGAGCGGGAGUGAGGGGGAGUCGUUAUGACAGGGCUGGGAGUGUUGAGUAUCUCCACUCGCAAGCCUGUUUCGCCAUACACGCCUGCUAUCUUUCUAUUCAUUUUUCCCCGUCACGAUCCCAUAAACAGAAAACAACUUGUUGUACCUCAUAUCAAAACACAAUAUACACGCUCCAGCAAGGAUAGAGCCAAGAGGUGGCGAGGGCGCGAGGCCGCGAGGGUCGGUCUUGUUAUUUCUAGAAGUAAACAUGCAAAGAAAAAGCUUGGUCAUCGUUUUUUCUACA